GGGCAGUGCAAAUAUGUGACUAUUCCAAAUUAUUUUCCCAUUAUAUAUGGGAGUUUGAAACCAAAAGACCAAUAGCUCUGAUUUGCAUGCUAAUCAUUCUUUCGAAAUACGCAUACGCUAAAGCCUAAAAGGGGUACGUUGAAGACUCCAUUAUUUCUUUCCUAACAUAAACAUAUUUCCCAAUUCUCUGUAACAGUUGAUUUCCCUUCCCAAGAAAAUUCAAGAAAAAGUUGCCAAAUGAACUCAUUAAGAUCACCAUCUCUGCAGAAAGAUAAUUCCAACUACAAGUAUAUGCAAAAAAAUAAAGACAAAGAAUUGUCGGUUUCAGCAAGAAAACUGGUUUCUACUCGCUCGGAAAUCAAUGGGGUUGCAAUGGCUAAUAAAGAAAGAAUUUUGCAGUCAUCCAAAUUGAGUUCAGUACAUCCUUUUCAUGCCCCUCUUUCUGAGAGAUCCCAAGUGGGUAGUCAUAGAAGAAGAAAACUUAUCAAGGCUGAUUUCUGUCUCCAAAAUGGUUGCUUUAUGGAGCUUGAUCAGACACAAAAUCACGGACAAACUCUAAGCAGAGAACUGUUGAAGGAUGUCUAUAAUGGGCUUACCACAUCUAAAGAGCUGUUGCAUGUUCUGAGUCAUGUCUGGAAUCUCGAACAGCGGAAAACUACAUGUUUAUCCCUUUUCUCGUCUAUAAAAACUGAGCUUGACUGUUUGUGUAAUCAGGUGUCUAAACUAAUAAACGAACACAGAUAUAACCACAGUGACCUUGAUCUCCUCUUGAAGAAGUUUGAAGAAGAAAAGAUGGCCUGGAAGAUAAAAGAGCAAGACAACAUUCAUACUGCCAUUACAUCCGUAGCGAGGGAGCUCAAGAUAGAGAAGAAGCUGAGGAACCUAACUGAGAGAUUAAAUAAGAAGCUUGGUAGAGAAUUGGCGGAUACAAAGACAUCUCUUUCGAAGGUAGUUAAAGAACUUGAAGACGAGAAGAAGGCCAGAGAGAUAUUGGAGCAAGUCUGUGAAGAAUUAGCCAGAGGUCUCGGAGAAGAUAGAGCUGAGGUGGAAGAAUUGAAGAGACAAUCUGCUAAAAUUUGUGAAGAGGUGGAAAUGGAACGGAAAAUGCUUCAACUAGCUGAUGUGAUGCGCGAGGAAAGAGUUCAAAUGAAGCUUUCAGACGCCAAGUAUCAAUUUGAGGAGAAAAAUGCAGUUGUUGAUAAGUUAAGGAAUGAAUUUGAAGCCUAUUUUAGAUCUAAAAAGGGUCAUGAACAAGGCGGUGAUUUGCAUAAUUUUGAAACGAUCAAUGAGCUUGGGAGACGUUUGAGAGAAACACUUCCAAGCACACACCAUUACCAAGAUAAAAUAAAGGCAGAUGGAGAAGAACUCAAUAAGGAAGAGAAUGGAGACAAAGAUGAUUCAGCUGAUAGCGAUCUUCAUUCCAUUGAAUUAAACAUGGUUGAUAAUGGCAAGAGCUAUCAAUGGUGCACUGCUUUACUGAAUGAUCCAAUAUUUUCGAUUUCUGAUAAGAAUAAAGAGAGGAGGUCCAUCUCGGAGAAAUUCCCAAGACAAAGCGCUUCCUUAGAAAGGGAAACUUCAGAUGGCAUAGAGUGGGAAUUCUCCGCGGGAGAGAAAGAAAACGUGAACACUUUGGAUAGAGGAAUCUCAAACUUUCAUAAUAAUGGAGGAAUACUAGACUUCUCUUCUCAAGCAUGGAAAAAGGAUUGUGGAGAUGAGAUUGAGAGAUACAAAAUGAUCAAGGAACUUCGAGAUCAUAUUGUUUCUGCUUCAACAAUAACAUCUUCUCAAGAGUUUUCUAGUCCAACCGAGAAUUGGAGUCGAUACAGAUUUUCUUCCGAUGAUCCUAAAAAAGUGAUGGGCAAGGAAUUUUCCGUCUUGUAGGAAGCAACUUGAACGAAAGCCAGUAUGCCAUUUUCAAGAAUCCAUCAUAAAAGGCAUGUUUGUCUUCCUGAUCCACAGAUUCCAUAAUUAUAUGGACAUACUUAUGUUGUUCUUUGUCUGAACUAAUAGCUGAAUAUCUGAAUAUUUAGGAAUGUGAACAGAAUCUUGUGUUAUCGCUGUUUGUACAAGAUAAACAGUACAAAAGUGUGCUGAUGUGGCAACGAAAAGGCCACAAGUGCAUUUUGCUGUGAACUUUAUGCAUUCUUCAAUACAUUGUAUGAUUCUCUUCAUUUCUUAACCCCUAAUGGGUUCCCUAGUAUCGAAUCUGCUCCUUUUUGUU